GUUGUGUCUUGAAGGAAUUAACCGUGUGUUCUUUCCUCAAUGCGUUGUGAAAUUGUGAAAGUUUAUUUCGUUGUUUCUCCAAUGUCGAAUGUUGGGAACGGGAAGUCUGACAAGUCUGAUACGGCUGAUUGGCCGACUCGUGUGUGUGUGAAGUUGACUUAAGCAAUCAUGUCACUGAUGUAAAAUGUUCAGUAGAUAUAUAGAUGUAAUCUACUGACGUCAUUCUUACAGUACAUAAUCUACUGACGUCAUUGUGACAGUGUUGUGCAAGUUUCCUCCGCCUGUGAUUUUAAUCUGUCGUCUAAUCUUCUUCUCUUCAGGUCGAUCAAGUCGCUGUGGAGCUGUUGAGCUGCAUCGUGCCCGUAGACGAGACACUGUGCUUACAUCUGAUUGCUAUGGAAACAAACUCUGGUGAAGCGAUGUCCGUGGAUUCCCCGUCUAGAGACAGACGUGUGUCCGUGGAUGAGCAGAUGAUGGAAGACGUCACGACUGGCUCAGAAUCUCCGCCCAGAGACUCCGUGAUGUCUGAACACGCCACUGAGCCGGUCAGUUUGGUGGACGGUCUGGAUGAAUCUGACCAGUGUGAGGCUGUGAGCACCACCCCGUGGGGCGGUGAGGACAUCGCUGACCUGACCUCUGAUGACAUGAACAACGAACUGUUCACCGCCGUCUCACGCGGACAAUUGUUCCGUGUUCAAGAGUUGACGUUUUACGGAGCAGACGCGAAUGGAUUUCAAGAUUCUUUCGGUAAAAACUGCCUCCAUGUGGCGGCUGAACAGGGCUAUGCCGACAUCGCGAAGGUGUUGCUGUCCUUGCCAGGCUGCGCGGUGGACAGUGUGGACAAAUCUGGCAACACAGCACUCAUCCUUUGCCAGGCCUGCGGGGCCGCAGCACAGAUCACCCAGGACUUGCUGGAGAAAAACGCUACCGUCAACUUUCAGAACCAGAACGGGGAGACUGCGUUGAUGAAAGCCGUGCAGAGCCAGAACGUGUUGGCGAUGAACCAGCUGAUGAGACACAAGGCCAAUGUGGCGCUGAAGGACAGAGACGGAAACACGGCCCGGUCGUUGGCGGCUGCCCUGGGUAUGGACGGUUUGUUGGGCGUUCUGGACACGAGCGCGCCUCUGGUGCGAGCCACCAUGGCGCUAGACUCAGAACUCAUUGACACUCUGCUUACUUUUGGACCUUUCAGUCCCAACCACGAGGACGAGUGGGGCCGCACCCCUCUCAAUGUCUUGUUUCACUCUAAACUGACCAUAGGAAUCCUGGGAAUGAACUCAUUCUAUCUCACCGGCGGGUCACGGUGCACAGCGGGCCGAUACUGUCCCGACUUCUCCCUGGCUCCGUUCCGUGCGCGAGAGGUGGAGGUGAUGAGGCAGCUGGUGAGAGCGGGGGCGGACGUGCACCUGCGCUGUGAGGUCAACAACUCCCACUGCCCCGUUUGGCUGGCGGCGCGCGUCGGGGACUCGGACGUCCUGUCUGUGCUACUGGAGACGGAGGACUGGGUGUACAGCCGCGACAAAUGGGACUCUUACUCCACAGCCCUCGAGCUCGCCGCCGGCUGUGGCCAACUUCACUCUGUGGACGUUCUGGCCAAGUCCUUGAACUCUCUCACACCUGACAGCAGGGGUGACUCACCGACACCAGGCUGGUCACCUGACAUGAUGCACGCUACGCUACAUGAGGCUCUGUAUGCCGCCAUGUUGGCGGGUCAGAAGGCGUGCGUCUCGCGACUCUUGCAGCUCAUCGACAAUCUGGACUUUGAGACGGCUGUGGGUUUUGCCGUUCUGUCCGGACUCUUCUCCAUUUUCUCCCUGGUACAGGACGUGGACCGGCGGAAGUUUAUGGAACUUGUGACCUCGGAGGUGGGGAAAGACUGGCUGCAGAAAGCGUGUUUUUGUAAUAACACGGAAAUCGUGGAGAGUCUACUGGCAUCGGGGGCGACAGUAAAAGGUCAACAGCUGCAAUUGGUGGAGAGGAAAAAAGCACCAUCGCUAGAGUCGGUGGAUGCGACUCAGUCGUUGUCUCGUAGGGUGGCCAGCUCGACCUCGCUGUGGCAACCCAUUGAGGAGACAGACGGGAGAGUUCCCGUGGCCAUGUCCCGCUCGGCAGAUAUGGUGAGAGUGUUGCUGCAACACGGGGCCACGGUUGACAUCAACUUCCUCACCUCCGUCCUCUCUCACAGCCGCUGCAAAGGAGACUUCCGCACGUUCAUGUUGACCUUCGACUUUGACCCCAAUCAGCUGGACAGACAUGGGAGGUCACUGCUGUCUUUGGCUGCGGAGCAAGGGGACAUGAAGUCUGUGUUCACCCUGGUGAACAAAGGAGCGGACUUGAACCAGAAACCCCUGCAUGGCUACCCCGCCCUGAUAGCUGCGGCUGGGAACGGACACGUGGAGGUCGUCCACUUUUUGCUGGAGGGGGGCGCUGACGUCAACAUCCGGGACGAAAGCGAGGACACGGCACUCACCAUGUCAGACAGCCCGCGCGUCGUCCGCCUGCUUGUUGAGAAGGGGGCGCUACUCAAUGUGGUCAACUGGCGCGGUUGCUCGGCAGUCGCCAAGUCAGUCGAGGCAAACAACUUGUCGGUGUUCCACUGCCUGGUGGAGUCCGGCGUCGACGUGAACUCUCCACACAAGGGCAAGAGCUUGCUGUCACAUCUGCUGGAGGCAGAGAGAUUCCGGCCCGAGUUUAUCCACAUCCUGCUGAACCACGGAGCCAAAGUGUCCUCGCCGAGAUGUGAGCUGGCGGUGCACAGAGCCUUGGCUGAAAACUGCUUCUACCUGCUGCGUGGAUUGAUACACGGAUGCUGCCUGCCUCCGAUUGUGCCCCGAAUGAAGCGGGAUCCGUUCCACGAGUGGGUGGGAGUCAACGUGCCGGUCAUGAAGGUCUGCUCCCCUCUCUUCAUGGCUCUCUCCUUCGGUCGUGUGGAGAUCGCCCGCCGCAUGGUGCGUGCGUUUUAUCUGACCAAGUCGGACCUCACUCAACUGCCCAGACACGAGAUUGUCCGCGAGUGUUUUAGCAGGAAAAACUUGGAUAGAAGUAUGGAGUUUCUGGAUGACAUGGCCUCCUCCCCUCCCUCCCUGCUACAGCUGAGCAUGGUGCGCGUCUCUGGGAUGUGUGGGGGGCCCCCGGGGCGCAGGGAAAGGGUGGAACAGCUGGGACUGCCCAAAUAUCUCGAGGAAUUUCUCACGUUCUCGUCAGCCGAGCUGAUCACGGAGGUAGUGGACAACUGAUCUCACUCACGGGUACCUGGG